AUGGCCGCCAAUAGCUGCUUCAAGGCCGUGCUGCUGCGGCGGGGGCUCCCUCGAGCGCCGCGCAUCCAGCCCGUCCUCAUCGCCAUUGCCCCCCUCUCGACAACGAGCAGUCUCGCCGCCGGCCCGCCGUCCGUCAAGAGCCGGCGGGACAUUGUCAAGCCGACCAAGAAGACGUUCAACAAGAAGAGGCUCGGCCUCGACAACGUCAAGAAGCCCGCCCCCGGCGAGCGCAAGGCCUUUCGCAAGCGCAUUACCCUGAGCAGCAACAGCGCCCUGGCGGUCGAGGGUCUGCAGGCAAUUGAGGGCGGCGUUCUGGCCGACGCGCAAAACGCCGCCACCGUCGUCCAGCUGCCCGACCAGAUCGUCGACCAACUGCGCACCCUGGGCGCCUUUCGCUCGACGCAGAGCUGGGGCCUGUUUAGAAAACCGCACGUCCUGGUGCGCAAGGAGACGGUGGAGAUGAUUGCCCAGAUGGAUAAGUCCGUGUCCAGCAAGGAGGCGGCCAAGAUUAUCCUCACAGGCAGCCGGGCGUCCGGCAAGAGCACGGCGCUGGUGCAGGCCAUGAGCCAUGCUCUGAAGAACGACUGGGUAGUUAUCAACAUUCCUGAAGCCCAGGACCUUGUCAUCGCUCACACAGACUACGUACCCGUCCCGAACACGGAGCCGAUGCAAUUCACGCAGCCUACUUACACACUCAACCUCCUGCAAAACAUUCUCAAGGCCAACAGAGCCGCGCUGGAAAAGCUCAAGGUUGAGCAAAAAUCGUCCUUGACGGGCGGUCUACCCGAGGGCUCUUCUCUCGCCGAUCUCAUCACCAACAUCCGCGAACCCGACGCUGCCUGGCCCGGCUUCCUGGCCCUCUGGUCGGAGCUGAUGCUGCCCGGGCGCCCACCGGUCCUCAUGGCAAUGGACGGGCUCACCUUUGCCAACAAGGACAGCGCGUACCGCGACCCCGCCUUCAACAAGGUCCACGCCCACAACCUGACCCUCAUCGGGCACUUCUUCGCCGCCCUCUCCGGCAGCAAAAAGAUGCCCAACGGCGGCGCCGUCGUCGCCGCCGACUCGGCGAGCAACACGCCCGCGCGCCACCCCUCCGAGGCCCUCGUCCUCGCGCAGCUCGAGGCGGGACAGGCCGGCCGCGACGUGCCCAUCCCGGAUCCGUACCUCCGCGGCUACGACAACAAGGUCUACGACGCCCUCAAGAACUGCCGCGUCCUCCGCCUCGAGGGUGUCUCCAAGGAUGAGGCGCGCGCGCUCAUGGAGUACUGGGGCGCCAGCGGCCUCGUCCGCAGCGUCUUGAGCGCGGAGCUCGUGGCCCAGAAGUGGGCGCUCGGCGGCCACGGCAACAUUGGCGAGAUGGAGCGCGUGGUGCUGCAGAACCUCAAAAUGUAA